UAAUACUAGAUAGAUUAACUUUUUAGAUCGUAUUUAUAAAUUGUUAUAUAAUUUACAAAAUAUAGUUUAAAUAAAUGAUAUCUAGCAUUACCCUUCCGCUGCUGCUUACAUUUAGAUAAGGCCUGUUCCCUCUGUAACACACGGAGGAGAGAGAGGGAGAAGAGAGAGGAGAGAGAGAACCAUUUCUUCAUUAAAGGUAGGAUUUGAAACCCAAACCACGGAUUGGUUCUUGCUCUUUGUUUUGCCAUUUCAAAGGGUCAUCAUAGCUCAAAUUCUCAGGUUUACAUUCACCAAAUUGGGUUUUUCUUCCUCUUGUCAAAAGUGCUUUUCUUUUAAGCCAUUUUAUGACAACAAAUUCACCAAAGAUUCUGAGAUGGCCUUCUGCCUCAAUAGCCAAGUCCUAUUUAUAUCUGGGCUGAUCAAGCUAUACUUGCAUUGCUUUUUUCCUUGACAUACCCAUCUCCCCAUCUCUCUCUCCCUCCCUCUCCCCCUCUCUCUCCCUCGUAUGAUCAUGAAUUAGAUUUUUCAGUUUGUUUUUCUCCCUUUGAAAGUUUUGAGAUUUUCAACUGCUUGUUUGCAAUGGUGUCACAAGACUCACCCCCAAAUCCCUCCUCAAGCAUUUUCCACCAGUUCAUAAUCUCAGACUCCAUUUCUGCUCAAAACCAUCAUCUGGAAACCCAUCACCUUGACGCUUAUCCGCCUUCGUUUCAAACUAGUACCGCAGUUCCACAAGCUCUCGGAGUCCUCCCCGGCAUUCACUCCCUCGGCGAAAGAAUGUCCCGGUCAGUAGACCUUGUUCAAGCUCCUACUGGCGCAUCAGUCGAGAACCAAGCGCAGCGGCUUUCGCUCUCCCUCGGUUCCCGCAUGCUUGUUCCUUCUGUCCAGUACCGGUACAACAACUUCCUCAUUGGGGAAGAAUCAGGGGGGGCUUGCAACCCGGGAGUUGAGCACGUAGGCGAUGAGUACUGCUUCAUGGGCGGCGCACUUGCUUCGCAUUCAAGGGCGCUGAAUAGAUCCUGCUCCACUUCUUAUGGAGCAGAAUCUGUAGCCGCUGUCAUUGCGAAUUCGAAAUAUCUUAAACCGGCUCAGUCCCUCUUGGAUGAGAUUGUUAAUGUUGGCGGAAAAUUGGUUGACAUUAGCAAUGAGAAACAUGUUGGGAAAUUGUACGGAGAAGGGCGGCGAGGCGGUAUGGGGCUCUCCUCUGAGCUAAAAGCAGAGCUGUCUUGCAAUGCCGGGCUCAUGAACGCCGACAAACACGAAUUGCAAGCUAGACUUGCAAACCUCAUCACAUUGUUGGAACAGGUUGAGGACAGAUGUGGGAAGUACUACCAUCAAAUGGAACAAGUGAUAUCAUCAUUUGAGAUGGUGGUAGGGGAAGGAGCAGCCAAGUCCUACACAGCUCUGGCACUCAAGGCCAUGUCAAGGCAUUUUUGCAGCUUGAGAGAUGCCAUAGUUUCACAUAUCUACACUGAGAAGCGAAAGCUGCUGCAAGAUGUUCCGAAAAUCAGCAGCGGGUUAUCGCAACUGAACUUGUUUGAUAAAGAGUGCAGGCAGAAAAGAAUGUCCCUUCAACAGCUCGGCAUUUUCCAGAGCCAACGCCAAGCUUUCAGACCAAUUCGUGGAUUGCCAGAGACCUCUGUUGCGAUUCUUCGCACUUGGCUUUUCGAACACUUCCUCCACCCUUACCCGAAUGACAAUGAAAAGCUGCUGUUGGCAUCACAAACAGGGCUGUCCAAGAACCAAGUUGCGAAUUGGUUCAUAAACGCGCGUGUCCGGCUGUGGAAACCUAUGAUUGAAGAAAUGUACAAGGAAGAGUUUGGGGAGUCUUCAGAGGACUCUAACUCUUUAGCCGCCGGUUCCAUGACCGGCGAAGGCAACACAGAUCAGACAGAGGAUUAAUCGCUUGCAGUAGAAGGCAUUUCAAUUCUUUUGAGUUUGAUGGUAAAAAUUGCCUGUAGAAGUUUAACGACUGAAGUUGUAAAGAUUUUCAAUUUCUCAAGUCUAACAUAUGCAACUGUUGGUUUUGGUUUUGUGAGAGUAAAUGGAAAUCAGGUCUUAGAAUUUCUCUUUGA